GAUAGUGCAGAAGACACUGAUUUGCAAUGAACGAUUGUGAGCACCUUUGGGCGUCUGACGUUUACGGGGUGAAUCCCUUCGACAACACUGCAAGUAGUAAAUUACUUCUCUCGUGGGACAAUUUAUCGGUUAAAAUCACAACCGCGAGAGAGUUCAAAUUUUUGAAUUAUUUUUCAAUGAACAACAAAGUUUCGACAAAACUAACGCUGAGAGACAACUCCGGAUUCGCUGAGACCGGCCAAUUGGUCGCUAUCAUGGGCCCCAGUGGAGCUGGCAAAACUACUCUACUCGCUACUCUCGCGAGACUCAACGAGCCAGUGGCCGGAUCGAUUCAUCUCAAUGGAGUUGAAUUAUCCAAGGAUGACAUGUCAAAGGUAGCGGGUUUCGUUCCACAGCUUGAUCCACUGCCUGUCAUGCUGACGACUGCUGAAUACAUAUCAUUCGCUUGCGCGUUGAAGCUCGAUAAGUGCACGUCGGCCAGGGACAGGAGUCUCCUAGCUCUCGGAAUUAUUGAGGACCUAGAUCUGUCAAACUGUCGUGAUGUUUUAAUAUCCAAUAUCUCCAGUGGCCAGCGAAAAAGAGUCUCGAUAGCCGCGGAGAUGAUCACCAAACCCAGAAUUCUCUUUCUCGAUGAGCCAACGACAGGAUUGGACUCGUACUCGGCAUUGCGCGUUAUUCAAUCGAUUAAAAUCGCCACACGUAACAGCAUUGUCCUGUGCUCGAUCCAUCAGCCGGGAAUAGCCCUCUAUAAUUUAUUUAGUGACGUCGUAUUCUUGGCUGAGGGACGAACGGCUUUCUUUGGGAGUCUGGCGAAUGCCAGAACCUUUUUCCAGAGUGAAGGAUAUAACUGUCCCCAUGGAUUCGACGAGGCUGAAUAUUACAUCAAGAUUUUAUCAGCACCGCGUUCAGAGGAUAUCGAGGCUCGUGAUCUCGACAGGAACGAGGCUGAGAGAAUUUGUGAUUCCUACAGACUUUCGCCUUUCUCUGAUUUUGCAGAGAAAAUUGGGGGAGGCCCAGUGGGGUUUAAGAUUGAUAAUCAUGAAAAAUCGUCAGCACAAUGGUUCGUCCAGUUUAAUUGGCUCGCAUGGAGAUAUUACCUCGCGAACAUAAGAGCCAUAAUGAAAGAAUUGAUUGCAUUCUUCUAUUACGCUAUCUCUAUUGCACUGAUUGGAAUUUUUUACAUUGGAAUUGACACUGAGAGGCAAUCUGGCGUGAGAGAUGCGAUGGGAAUGCUCUAUAUGACAGGCACAGAGCUCGUGUAUUCAUCCGCAUAUACAGUAUUGUAUGAAGUGCAGUCGGAGAUUCCAAUUUACCUGAGAGAGAGGAAAUUCUACAGUCCAUCCGCCUAUUACCUGGCGAUGGUAUUUUGUUGGGUGCCCAAAGUCAUGAUGAAGUCUUUAUUCCUCACGAUAUUAAUUAUGCUGAUCUUGAGAUACGACGAUGGAGUCUUUUUGAUUUUCCUCGAGUAUUUUCUCGUAACAACUGCCUGCGGUGUGUGCGCAUUGGCUUACGGAAUUAUGAUGGCCUGUCAUACUGAGGGGGUCAAUCUUGCUGUUUCCAUCAUGGCACCCAUCGAUUUACUCACGAUGCUCAUGGCUGGGGUUUUUUAUAAUCUGAGAACUCUCUCGUGGAUAAGUGGUUGGCUCAAGUAUCUGUCCAUUUUUCAUUAUUCACACGAGAUGAUGGCGAUUAUUCACUGGUCGAGAGUUGCUGGGAUCGGAUGUGACAUGAAACAUUUGCCUUGUGUUGUGUCGGGGGCGGAGGUCCUGGCCGAGUAUGGCUACAGCCAGGAGGGAUUGUGGACUAAUGCCGGGGGGGUGUUGGCACUCACUGGGGGAAUGUUUUUUAUCGGGUUCUUGGGGGUGUUCAAAAGGAGAAUUCUACAGGCUUUGUAUUAA